UUUCAUCCCCUCUGCCCUAUCAUCUAUGCCUUUUCCUCUAGCUUUCUCUUUCUCUUUCUCCUCUGCUUUGUCUCCUCCCUCGUGAAUCUUUUCCCCACCAACCUCGUCGCUUGCUCUCGCCUCUACUCUCUGCCCUCCAUCUCUUCUCUUUGUCUAUUUCCCUCUCUCUUUCUUCUCUCUCUGAGUCUUUCUUUCUCUUUGUCCCUCUCAUCUUUCACUCCUGCUGCUCAGGAAGAAAGUCAACAUGCUGUGUUGAAGCCAGUUGUUUUCUUCCUCAUUUUUCUCCCACCUCCUCCUCCUCCUCUUAUUCUCCACUCUCGUCACUGCAAUCAAGACCAGCACACCCCUUGUGCUCAGACUUCCAACCCCCACCUCCUCUUGUUCUGAGUGUGCUCUCUCUUGAGGCAGAACAGGCAGAGGGGGGGAGUUGGACAAACCAGCUGAGAAUUGCCCCUCUAAAGGCAACGUCUACGUCAGAGAGGGACGCUGUUCACAUCAGCGGAUACACGCUCAGACACAAAGACACCUGGAUCCGGCUUAUUUGCAUCCUCUCUCUUUCUCUCACUCUCUCUUUCUCCCCAUCUUGCUGCCAGACUGGAGAGUAAGCACACCCACGCACAAAAGGAGGCUGAAUUCCGAUUUGAAUCUGAUUUUUUUGUUGAUGCCACACCCUAGGCUUAUUCUGGUUGUAGGGAUGUUUUUGUGAGCUCAUGCCACAGGUAAUUGCACACGCUUGACAGGAAGCACUACUUGAAGAGAUGAAGAAAAUCUGGUCCAAGAAGAGAUUUCAGAGAACUGGGCAUUCCACACGGACAUUUGGCAGAUUUACCCAUGCCACCCAGCAGUUUGGCUGGUGAUUUUAGACUCUAAUGGGUACGAAGAGGAUUGGUCGUGUGGGUGAGAGAGAUGCUGGUUUCCAUAGUAACGGUGCUCUCCCGUCUGCCCUCUCUUGCUGCCACUAUGGAAGCGAAGUUUUCCGCUCCUGCCGAAAGCAAAGCUAUGACUCUGAGACCACAGAGGAUGAGACCACAGAACCUCAGAUGGAAACCAAAGAAGGGCCCGGGAGGCACCAAGACAAGGCUGGACGGAGAGGAAUUUCCGGUGAGGGAGGGGGGAUGAUGGACUAUAACCCAGACACAUCAGAUCGCAGGGCCACCCUCCCUGGCGCCUAUGACCCUGUGGUGGAGCGAGAGCUUCGCGCUCUGGGCUCCCGCCCUCCGGGGCCCCACUUGGACCCCACAAACCCAGCCAGGACUCAAACUGCAGACGAAUCACAGGGGCUCUCCCCCCGUGGCCCCCUGUCUUCUCCACACCCACCUCCCAGUACAUACAAAAACAGCACUAGUACCCCAAACCAAGACCUGGAUGAAACCAAACCUUCAGAUCCCCAGUCUUCUAAGACAGACCAGGCAUCAAGUGUUAACAGUGUUGUCAUGACACCCAAACUGGCUCGUGCAGGGCCCAAGAUCUUUGACAAGGUCCGUGCUUUUGAGGAGCGAAGGGCUAGUGUGGAUCUGCCAGGAGGAGUCAGAUCUGUAUCAGGAUCUGGAUUUGGACGAGCAUCUUUCUUCGACUCAGAUGACAGCGGAAAUAAGACAGGAGGCUCCAGCAAAGAGGAGGGCCAAAUCCUGCAGGGCGCAGCCCAGAGGCGAACAGCUUUCAAGCAACGGGCCUCAUCUUUAGAGGACAAGACGAGCUACUCCCAGAGGGUUCAGAGCUACCAGAGCAAGUUUGCAGAAGAGCUACAGAGGAUCAAGAAACUUGUGGGGAAACCAAGCUUGAAGAAGGCAUAUUCCACUGAGCAGCUGUCUCAGAAAGAGAGGCCGACCACUGGGAAACUAGAGCCCAUUCCUCCCCAAGUGGUUAAAAAGUUGGAGGAAAGGGAGCGAGCCCUGGAGGAAAGAAAAGUUGGGGAGAGGGAAGGGGACUGCAGAUUUCAGAUUUCUCCGCAGGUUCAAGGCAAAGGUCAGGGGAAUCAAAGUAACAACCCUGAAAAUGAUAAGAUGACACAGCCAGAUUCACAGGGGAAACCAGUGGAUAGCUCAUCACAAGGACACACAGGGAAAAUCUCUGUUACCAUGGAGACGGCACCAGUUCACCAGUUACCAGGACAACCAUUGCCAACAGCCACAAGGACAAGCCUCACCAGGGAAACCCUGCAAAGCUCUACGGCAGUUGACAAAGACGCACUUGUUGCCACGUCUCUAAAAUCCUCAUCCUCCUUCAGAGAUCUGGUGACGGAUUCAAAGAAGGACACACAGAUGGACAACAAAGCAGACCAUAGAUCACCAAGCCCGCAUGGGAAGAGAGCAUCCCCAGUAACUGUGAGGGAACCAGGGUCCCAGUAUCCACCCAAGCCCCCCCGGCUCACCCCAUCACCGACUCCUUCCAUCAGCCCUCUCCUGAAAAGGAGGAAGGCGGAGGUAGGGCGGACGUCUCCAGCCUUGAAAGUGAACAUCCCCACUAUCUUGGUGGAGGAUGAACCCAUGGAGACAGAAUGUGUUACAGACAGGAGCAACGAGGGAAACAAGACCAGAAGGAAAGAGGGGAAAGUUCGCAAGAGCAAGGAAGGGGGCUCAUCUGAUGAUUCCUACAUGUCUGUCGAUGAGGAGCCAGCUGAGGGCCCAAGGUUUGAGAGGCCUCUUGAGGGCGCCACAGCAUGCAGCGGCGCAGAGGUCACGCUGAAAUGCAUCAUCACUGGGAGCCCGCCCCCUACAGUGACAUGGAGGAAGAGUAAUGUGGAGAUACGGAGCGAUGCCUUCCAUGUGGUGAAGGCUGAGGGUGAGAAGCACAGUCUGGUGAUAAAGCAAAUGAGGCCGAACAACGCAGGGUCGUACUGCGUCACAGCUGUCAACCCGGCGGGCAGAGCGUCCUGCAGCGCCACACUCCAUAUCCAGUCAGAGCCAACCCACAUGCAAUGUGGGAAACUAGCCGGGGCCUUGGAAGUCAGUAGUCUGACCCAGUCAGACGAGGAGUAUCUGAGCCCUCAGGAGGAGGCGAUGGAGCUCGGGGAUUCACCUGCUCCAAGUAAAAGUGUCCACUUCAAAGAACCUCCGUCGUUUCAGGUGGCACCAUGUGACCAGGGCGUAACUGAGGGUCAAGAUGUCGUUAUCUCAGCGAAGGUCAGAGGGCAGCCCAAACCCAUGGUUUACUGGUUGAAGGACAGAGUCACGGUGAAGACAGCGGGGCGCUUCGCUGUGCGCGAGAUAGACAACAACACCAGUGAAAUGAGAAUUCACUCAGCUCAGAGGUCAGAUGCAGGGCUUUACGUCUGCAAGAUCAUCAACGAGUAUGGAACCAAUCAAGCGGAGUGCAGAGUGGAGGUCAGAGUGACUGCAGCACAAACAGCAAUGAAAAUCACUAGGGAGGUAAAAGAUGUGGCGGUGAAGGCUGGAGAGUCAGCCAUGUUUGAGUGUCACAUUACAGGACCUCCAGACGUUGAUGUAGAUUGGCUGUCCAAUGGGAAACUGAUCCAGCCAGCGCUGCUCAACUGCAAAAUGCACUUUGAUGGCAAAAGGUGCAGUCUGCUGCUAAAUUCAGUACAUGAGGAUGAUAGUGGAACAUACACUUGCAAGCUGAGCACUGCCAAAGAGGAGCUGACCUCAAGUGCAAACCUGAGGGUCACCCCAUCCAAGGAGCCUCUGUUCACCCGUAAGCUGGACAUCCUGGAGAUCAUCGAAGGUCGCACUGCCCGGUUUGACUGUAAGGUGAGCGGAUCACCUGCUCCACGAGUCACAUGGAGGCAUUUUGAGACAAGAGUGGAGGAGAGUGAUAACGUUCGCAUCCUUCAAGAGGGAGGUCGUCACUCACUUGUCAUCACCCACGUUAGCAGCAACACAGAGGGCUUCUACACAGCAGUUGCUCAAAACAUUCAUGGAAAAUCUGAAUGCACCGCUGAGCUCUACAUGCAAGAACCACGAGCUGCCAUCUCCUCUCACAUGGCCAAGUUGGAGAAGAUGCCAUCCAUCCCUGAGGAGCCUGAAGUGCUGGAGAGUGAGGUGGAGAAGAGGACCAUGCCAGACUUUGUCAAACCUCUGGCUGAUGUGGAGGUGAUUGAAGGCAAAGAGGUGGUGCUGAAAUGCAAGGUGGCAGGCCUGCCUUACCCAACGAUCGGUUGGUACCACAACGGCAAGCACAUCGAGAGCAGCGAAGAACGCAAAAUGACCCAGUACAGGGAUGUCCACAGUAUGGUCAUUCGGAGCGCUUGUCAUGCUCAUGGGGGCGUCUACAAGGCUGUCAUCUCCAAUAAAGUGGGCAAAGCAGCCUGCUAUGCACAUCUAUAUGUCACAGAUAUUGUUCCUGAACCCCCUGAUGGUCCACCAGUGAUAGAGGCUAUUACAGGGAAAACUAUAAGCCUCAGCUGGAAGAGACCAAAGAGACUUGACUCUUCAUUUGAUACCGGCUCCUUGCUAUAUGUGGUCCAGCAGCAGCCUCUGGGCUCUAUCCAGUGGUCUGUCGUGGCGUCUAACCUGAGGGAGACCAACUACACCGUCAGCUCCCUGUCCAAAGGAGUCCGCUACGCUUUCAGAGUCCUGACAUCCACCGGGAAGACAUCGAGCAAACCAUCACCCUCUACUGACCUGGUCCAGCUGCUGGACAGAGGACCCUAUUUAAGGAAAGCACCAGUCAUUUUGGAAAAACCUGACAUUGUUUAUGUGGUUGAGAACCAGCCUGUGAGCAUCAUCAUCACGCUGAACCAUGUGCAUGCAGUUGUCACCUGGAAAAGGAGGGGGGUGGUGUUGGUCAACAGACCGGGGAUGUAUGAGAUGAGCAUGCCAGACGACGAUCAACACACCCUGAAGCUUCAGCGAGUCAGGAGCACAGACAUCGGUCAGUUGGUGGUCACGGCCAGCAACCAGUUUGGCAGCGACCUCUGCACACUUCAGCUGGCCAUGGCAGUGCCUCCUAAGUUUGAAACCAUCAUGGAGGAUGUGGAUGUGCACAUUGGUGAAACGUCCCGUCUGGCUGUUGUGGUUGAAGGGAAACCAGACCCAGAUAUUCUGUGGUAUAAGGAUGAUGAGCUUCUCUCUGAGAGCAGCCACUUCACAUUUGUGUACGAUGACCCAGAAUAUUCCCUUGUUGUCCUCAACGCCCGCUCUGAACACUCCGGUGUGUACACCUGCACUGCAAAGAACCUGGCUGGUUCCAACUCCUGCAAAGCUGAACUCACAGUUCAUACAGAGCAAAAAGAAGCAGCAGUGCCAAUGGAGGACGAGGGAACCAUUCUGAGGAAGAUGAGGCGUUUGACGGAUUACUAUGAUAUCCACAAAGAGAUAGGGAGGGGUGCCAUCUCCUAUGUGAAGAGGGUGACUCAGAAAAAGGGAAAGGCAGAGUUCGCUGCCAAGUUCAUUUCUGCGCGAGGAAAGAGGAAAGCCUUGGCCCUCAGAGAGAUGGACCUGCUGUCUGAGCUGGACAACGAGAGGAUUCUCUAUUUCCAUGAUGCCUUUGAGAAGAAGAAUGUGGUGGUGCUCAUCACAGAGUUAUGUCACGAGGAGUUGCUGGAAAGAAUGGCCAAAAAAACAACAGUCAAGGAACUGGAGAUCCGCUGUAGUAUUCAGCAGGUUUUGGAAGGUCUUCGUUAUCUUCACCAAAAAAACAUUUCCCACCUUGAUAUAAAGCCUGAAAAUAUUUUAAUGGCAAGUCCUGGGAGUGACCAGAUCCGCAUUUGUGACUUUGGUAAUGCAUUAAAAUUGGAGACUUCUGAGGAGUACUACUGCAAAUACGGCACGCCAGAAUAUGUUGCACCAGAGAUUGUUAACCAAACUCCCGUCUCCACAGCAACAGACAUAUGGCCUGUUGGUGUCAUCACUUACCUCUGCCUGACUGGUGUGUCUCCUUUUGCUGGUGAGAAUGACAGAACCACUGCCCUAAACAUCCGUAACUACAAUGUGGCGUUUGAGGAGAGCAUGUUUUCUGACCUCUGCAAAGAAGCGAAGGGAUUUGUUAUCAAGCUUUUGGUGGUGGACAGACUGAGGCCCAGUGCCAUCGAGUGCCUUCGUCAUCCUUGGUUCAAGUCACCAACAAACAAGAGCAUCAGCACAGCUAUGCUAAAGCAAGUUUUGUCUAGAAGGCGAUGGCAGCGUUCCCUUAUCAGCUACAAAUCCAAGAUGGUGAUGCGGUCGAUCCCAGAGCUUUUGAAUGACUCAUCCAGCCACGUCUCCAUUGCUGUAGCCCGGCAUUUAAAAGAAGGCUCCCCACCACCCUCCUCUUCCUCUGACUCAGAUGCAGAUGUGGAUGAGCUUCCCUUUAUUCCUAUGCCGCUGUCCAUGGCCUUUUCUGGGUCCAGGGUCUCCCUUAACGAGAUCCCAGGGGACGAAGAUGUCACUGUAUGGCCCAGUGUUGCUGCUGAUGGGACAAGGAAAAAUGACAACAUGGAAAUAGCAGGUACAAGAGGAGGAGCAGAAAGGGUGAAAGAUGAAGAGGAAACCCUAAAUGAGGAGAACAUGGAAAAGACAAAACGAGCACCGCUUAAAAAAGGAUCAAGUGUGGAGUCAGACGAUUCACAGACGAAAGCCAGGCGAGCCACCAUGAGGAGAGGCAGCUCUGCUGAUUCAGCAUUGCUUCUCCACAUUGACCCAGAAGACGAAAAUUCUAACAAUGAUGCAGAAUCAAGUAACAAGAGCCUGAAAAAGGCUGUUUCUAUGGAACUACCCAAUCGCAGCCCGAGCCCCGGGGCGGCAAAAUUAAGCCAGGAGGAUUAUGCCUUAAAACUGGAACUGAUGAGACAGCGGUUGCUCAGGGGAGGAAGCAUGGACAAAAAGAUGAGCGGCCUGCGAGGGCCCUUAUUUGAAACACUCGGCAUGGAAGAUGAGAGGAGGACAGGGUCUCUUGAUCGGAAUUUGAGGAGAUCCAGAGCGGGGCCAUCAACACUCACCAGAGCAGCGUCUUCUGAGAAUCCUGGAGAGGACAUGCCAAAGACCAAAGUUUUUCGUAAAAGCGCCUCCUUUACUCAGGGGGAUUCUGAGCCCAUGCCCCUGCACCGCAGGUUUGGAGCCCCCUUAGAGAUCCCAUCGGUGGGCAGCGUUAGUAUAGAAGGGAAGAAGCUCCAGGAGGCAACCUCAAUGUCUGCACUAACAGAACAAACAACACUGGAGUCUACAUCUGCCUCACCUACAAAGAGGACAUCCUUUAUACUCCCAACACCAGGAAGAAUGGACCAACAGCAAAAACAGAACAAUGUGAAAGAACAAGAGGACAUGCAAUGUAUGAAUGAGAAGAACAUGGAUGAGAUAACAGAGAAAAGGACCAAAACCCUGCUAGAAAAGGCAGAUAAAGUAUCUGAGUCUAGCUCACCCUCUGUAAUUACUCCUAUAAUUAUUAUAGAGGAGGAUGAUGAAGAAGAAGAGAGGAAAGAAAAUCAGGAGUUACAUAUUAAUGAAAAGGAUAUGAAGGGAGAUGAGGAAACACCACAAAACAGUAAACCGUCAUCUGCUUAUGCAAGUGUCAUUCAAGCUGUUGCAGUGCGGUCUCAAACAUCUGACAUGGUCCAAUCCAAACAUCCCGCUGCUACAGCCAUGCCAAAUGACACAAAGUCCACAGAUACCCCCACAUUACCUGAACAUGCAGCAGUAUUUGCCAAAGUAGCAACUGCUGACCGAUCUCCUAGUUCUGUUUCCACAUCAUCAAACCCUGAUCUUCUUGCCAUCCCCUGUCAGCCUGUGCUCAGAACAGACAUCAAAGACAUUGACUCAGAGGAGGUCUUUGAAGCCAGGUUUAAGAAGCGGGAGUCAUCUUUGACCCGUGGCCUCCGAAAACUGACCAGAAACAAAUCAGAGGAGAAAUCACCUGUACUAAGCCGGAAGGGGGUUGAGAGGGGUGAAGAGGUUUACAGGCCGGGGCCAAGGGGAGCACCUCUUCAAAUGGUAUCCAAAGGACUACAGGAGAAAUCCAAAUCUGUUCAAGAUUUAAGAGAAGAAGAUAAGGAAACAGGCCUUGGUCUAAUUGGGAGGUUUUCCUUGCGGGCCAAGAGGUCAACAUCCGUUGAUAAGAAGGGUGAGAAAACAAAGGAGGAAAAGCAUCAGGAUGUGCAAGGAACUGCUGUAAGCAAGAGGGUUUCAUGGGCUAUUGGUCGCAGUAAGUCCCUGGAUACAAAGGAGCUGAGCAGUGCAGGGUCACAGAGGCAGCUGGAUGAGAGAGAACAAAGAAAAGCUGAGGAGUCAUCGGUUUCUGCUAUGAGGCGCAAGUUUGAGUCCAAAGUGGCAGGAAUCUCUGCCAAAAUAAGGACCCAGUCAGAAGAGAGGAAGGAAAAAGAUGCUGAGGGAAGUCAUAAAGAGCCAGCACAAAAGGAUUUGAAGAAAGUCACUGAUUCCCCUGUCCUGGCAAUGCGACAGAAGUUUGAAAACAAAGUGGCAGGAAUAUCCACGAAAAUCCGCAGUCAGUCUGAGGAGAGAAAAGGGGAAGAAGAGGGAAAGAGGACACCCCUGUUUACCCGCCAUCGUCAUUCCCAGUCUGAGGGUCGAGGACUCAAAGGAAUGGGCAUCCCCGAGAAUCAACUAGCAAAACAGACCAAUGCUGGUGCAUCCAAGGACUCAGUUGAAUCCACUUCUAGCAUCCAUUCCGAAAAAGCCUCUGAGAGUGACAGGCGAUCACGGUGGGACAGGUGGGGUUUGACAAGGGGCAAGAAAGACAAAACCCCCUCCCAAUCUGAUCUCCCUUCAUCCGUCCCCAAAGAGGAGGGUUUGUCAAAAAGCCAGCAGUUCAUACGCUCUGCUUCGGAUUUUGCCCCUGUGUUCCACAUCAAACUGAAAGACCACAUCUUGUUGGAGGGGGAACUUGUCACUCUUAGCUGCCUUCCAGCUGGAAGUCCACAUCCAGAAAUUACAUGGAUGAAAGAUCGGAAACCACUGGAGGUGGAUGACAGAAUCAACCUGAUCUCCCACCCAGAUGGCAGGCAGCUUCUUACUAUCGUGAAGUCCAGCCGGAGGGACGCUGGAGUUUAUGAAUGUGUAGCUACCAACCCCAUAGCUACCAUCACCACCUCCUGCACAUUGUCCAUAGCUUGUGUACCAAAACGGCCAGGGACCCCUGAAGUGCCCCAGACUUACAACAACACAGCCCUGGUGCUCUGGAAGCCAGCAGACACCAAGUCUCCAUGCAGCUAUACCCUGGAAAGAAAGACAGAAGGUGAUUCAAACUGGCUGACUGUAGCCACUGGAGUUGUCGACUGCUACUACAAUGUCACAGACCUACCACUAGGUGGCAUGUUUAGGUUCCGAGUCACCUGUAUCAACAAGGCAGGACAGGGACCAUACAGCAACUGCUCUGUUCCAGUCAGCCUGGACACAACAGCUGAAGGAGCUUCACCUGCCAUGGCCGUCGUAAAGACAGUCCCAGCUCCACCUGAACCAGUUGUCACCUCCUCAGUGACUCCUCUCAAACCAGUCCAGACCAACGCUCCCAGGAUAACUGUCUCCACCAUCACCUCCACCUCUCCAAAAGGUGCAGCCUCCCCUGCUGCUUUACCUCUUCCACCUACAUCGCCAUCCAAAAUGGUGGUCACUCCCACCCCUCCGUCCUCUCUGCCUUCCAGUCCUACAACAAACCCCCCAUUACCACCUGCAACCGAGGACACUCAAAAAAUAAGCUCCAAUCUUACCUCUUCACCCACUGUCAAAGCACCUCCACCCUUUGUCGUCCCCAAACCCCAGAGUCCAGUAAACGUGGUGUCUCCUAUGACCCAGACCCCACCAAUAUCACCACCACCCCCUCUUGUAACCCCGCCAUCGACGCCAAUCAAACCAGUAGUGGCAUCUGUGCCCACAUACGUCCCCACCACCACCGUCACUGCUCGUGUGGCCCCAACUUCUGUCUCCUUUUCCCCACAAGUGCUCCAGGCCUCCAGCCUGAGCCCCAUCGGUGAAGGGGUCAGUACCCCCACCAGAGACACCCCAUCAGGACGCCCUACACCCUCCACUGCUCUACGACAGGGGGUUCCACAGAAACCCUACACUUUCCUAGAUGAGAAAGCCAGGGGUCGUUUUGGAGUCAUCCGAGAGUGCCGCGAGAACACAACAGGCAAAAUCUACAUGGCAAAGAUCAUUCCCUACAGCCAGGAGAACAAGCAGGAAGUCCUGAAGGAGUACGAGAUCCUGAAAUCCCUUCACAAUGAAAAGGUCAUGGCGCUGCAUGAAGCCUACGUCACGCCGCGCUACCUGGUGCUGGUGGCAGAGUACUGCACCGGCAAAGAGCUGCUGUACAGCCUCAUAGACAGGUUCCGUUACUCUGAGGACGACGUGGUGGGUUACCUGGUCCAGAUCCUCCAGGGAGUCGAGUACCUCCACAACCGCCGCGUCCUCCACCUGGACCUCAAGCCUGACAACAUCAUGGUGACCAAUCUCAAUGCCAUCAAGAUUGUGGACUUUGGAAGUGCUCAGAGCUUCAACCCCCUCAGCCUCAAACACCAGGACUCAGGAGCAGGAACACUGGAGUACAUGGCUCCUGAGAUGAUAAAAGGUGAAGUGGUUGGUCCUCCUGCGGAUAUCUGGACUGUUGGAGUUGUCACCCACAUCAUGCUUAGUGGUCGACUGCCCUUCGAAGAUAAAGACCGUCUACAAGUCGAAACCAAAAUCCUGAUGGCGAAGUUUGACCCGACAAAACUGUACACAAAUGUGUCCCAAAGUGCCUCCGCCUUUCUCAAGAAGAUGUUGAGCAGUUACCCAUGGGCACGUCCGACUACACGAGACUGCUUCACACAGGCCUGGCUGCAGGACUCUUACCUUAUGAAGCUGAGAAGACAGACUCUCACCUUCACCUCCAGCCGAAUCAAAGAGUUCCUGGUGGAACAACAAUGCCGUCGCACAGAGGGCGCCACCAAGCACAAGGUGCUGCUGCGCACCUACCAGAGCUCCCCCCAGUCCCCAGGGGCUGGGACUUCACCCAGCCCGAAGUGAGAGGACGGUGAAAAUGCAGCACCACACGAGUUUGAAGCGUUGGAUCUGCCCACAGUGAAGCAAAGAAAUAACUUAACUCCUCUGUGAACCACCGCUGCAUGAAAAAUGUCAGCCUGCCUAGUGAGGCACAGGUUAAGGCACAGGGGAUGGGCAGACAGCUGGAUAUAGCUAAAAUAUCCAAAGAAAACACAGGAGUCCACGUGUUAUUUUGGGAGACUUCAACAUUCAACACUAAUGGGGUUCUGAGAUGGAAGAAAAACAAAAGAGAAGCAGACCGCCAUGUCGUGUUUAUUGAAUUGAUGAAGCUCAGAACUGCUCAUAAACUGUUAAUCCACUGAAAGGACACAGGAUGUUCUUUUGUUUUGAUUGAUUGCACAAUUUCUCAGUCACAUUGUGAAUUCUGAAAUUGCACAUUAAUAUUUGGUUUAGAUAAACACUGGUCUCCACUCUGCACGAUCAGCCUGGAAUACGUGUAUCAUUAGCGUUUCUACUGCGCAACCUUGUUUAUGUCACUAAAUUUAGUAGUAAACAACUCAUGUGAAUGUACCAUGAUUUAAGCUGCUAAUUUAUUUUUGCAUUUACUUACACAUUUUAAAACUCAAAACCAAAAAUAUUCUUUUUUUCCCUUGAAAUUGUUUACUUUUUUUCAUGUUAAUUUAUUUGCAUGUGUGUGCGCGCAAGCAUUUCUUUUUUUGAUUCACUUCAGCAUCGAGGCAAAAAAUAAAUUAAAAAUCAGUGUCUUUGUGAUUGGUGUUAAGAUUCACACAGUAAAAAUGAACUAUGUUAGGGUGAGCUAGGACUUUUCUUGUUCUGUGGUUAAAACUGAACUCUAACUGUAAUAAACUAUGAAAAGCAGUCUGUAAUGUAGAUAACAUUUUACUUGGAAAAGUCAUACACAGUGGUAAUUUGCUGUGGUCUCUCAGUAUUACCCAUCGGUUGGUCAGGUUGCUCAAAUCAUGAUCGCCCAGUCAGUGCCUAAAUCGGAUUAAUAUCCAAAAUAUUUAUCUUGUAAAUGUGUCUCCAUUGGUACUAAUUCACAAUUGAUGGAUUAUUUGAACAAAGCAAAAAUUUGACUGCAAUAUUUGGACUUUACAACAGACAGAUGCAUGUCAAUUCUUACAUACAUUUCUACAUGCAUACACACAGUACAUGCAGUCCUUGUAACAAUAGAACGUCUUGUGUAUUGAUCUAUCACAGUGUUCCUUUUUGUAUGAAUUUGGACGGUUGAAGAUUUGUAAAUGUACCAAUUUGCGGUGUUUAUAUGUGGAAAAAGUUGAAAAUGUUUUUAUGAGAUAGUAUGUAAUAAACUAUUGAUACAAUUGGGAAAAUUAA